UACAUUUUCCGUUGGACUAGAUGUCAUUCGCCGUUCGUAUGUCGUUCUCCGUUGCUGUAGAGAAACGUCGUUAUACAGUAUUGAUGGGGACCGAUGCGUGUGGCAUGGCUGCAACGCAUUCUGCAGCUUCGUUCUGGGGCCUUGAUUAGAGGCAGUGGGAGUGUGCAGCUGGUGAAAUACAGGAAUGCUCGAGCAGGGGGGACCAGUUGUGUGGAGAGGAUUACGAACGCGUCUUCGAAUUUGCCUGUGUGGCCGCCGCCGAUGCAGCUGGUGCAGCCGCAGUGGUCGUCGUCGUCAUUGCUUUCGUCUGCGAGGAUCUUCGGAAUAGAGAAUGGUUCAGUAACCAUGGAUUCUAAUGCUCUCAAUUGUGAAAUUUUAACUGGAGAUGGCAAGGAUGGGGUGGGCGAAGAAUGUGUGAAGGUGGACGGGUCUAAGAAGCGUCAAGAGCCAGGGAAGUGCCAGUCAUGGCUUCCGAAGAAGCGGCGUUUCUGCGCUUCGCAUGCGUUGGCAGGGCUCGAAUUCUGCGGCAAUCACAAGACGUCACCAAAUCAGUCUAGGGUUCCAUGUCCUAUUGAUCCAUCCCACACUGUUUUGCAGGAAGAUGUUGCGAGUCAUGUUAAGAAAUGUCCGGCCGCCAGGCAACUCGAUCGUUUUGAGCAUCAAUCAUACUACAUCAAGGGCAUAAAUGCUGGGAGCGAUGAUGAUGCUGACGACACACUUGAUGGUGUUCCUGUUGGUUCUAUUGAGCGGAUUAAUUCUGGCGAGCCACAAAAAUCGUCGAAUGGUAUCCCGCUGAAGUUGAGGUCUUUGAAUAGUGAAGAAAAGUUGCCAGAAGAUGGAGCCUUGUCUAACACCAACCACUUUCUAAGCUCUGCCUCUAAACGUGCAGCAGUUAGUGCCUUGUCACGAGCAGAUUUUGAGCAUCUUGUAGCUAAAAUUGAUAAAGCCUUCAUUCAAGCUUGUGGGGAGAAUGUUGAGGAGGCGGUCACGCAGCCCCAAGCCUGCAGGAGAUGGCUAGAUGGGGACAGGGACCGAAGAAUACCUUAUCAAGAGAAACACGCUUUGCAGCAAGCUUCUUUGCUUGGAAAUAUGGAAGCCUAUGGGCUUCUAGAAAACUUGAAUUGUGAGGGAGAUUUAGCAUGCAGAGGAAGCACUCCUACUGAGACCACUUCUGCUUCUCAUUCUCCAAUGCAACGAGCCAUUGUUGAACUUGGUGCUGGACGGGGCUAUCUGUCGCAGAUGCUGUGCGAUUGCUAUACUGUGCAUAAAGUGGUUAUGGUUGAACGCCGCGCCUACAAAUUUAAAGCGGAUAGAACUAUAAGACAUUCUAACGGACUAAUUUUGGAACGCUUGAGAUUGGACAUCGAGGAUCUGAAUUUAAAUCAAGUCAGUCUUUUACAAGACUGUCAUGUGGUUGCGAUUAGUAAACAUUUAUGUGGACCUGCUACUGAUUUAUCGUUACGGUGCUGUCUAAGUGAUGAAGACACACCGCUGCUGAGGAAUUCAAAAGAAACAAUUCCCAACCAGAAGGAUGCACAGUCUCAGGUCAAGCCAGUUGUUGAUGGGAUUGCAAUUGCCACAUGCUGCCAUCAUUUGUGCCAGUGGAAGUCAUAUGUCAAUAAAAAGUAUUUUAAGGAGUUGGAAUUUUCGAAGGACGACUUCCAUGCCAUCACAUGGUUGACAAGUUGGGCACUUUCAGGCACUCACGAACAUGAAUUGCCUGAUUGUUACACGUCUGAAGCGAUAGAACAGUUGCCCGUCCAGAUGGAAGACAGGGAGCCAGUGAAUGGAGCUGUACGUGCGAAGGCAUUGCUAUCAGAAGCAAUGAAUGCCAUGGAUGCUUAUCAAAGAUAUUUGCUAGGUAGGAAAUGUAAACGACUGAUUGACACAGGGAGGCUCUUAUGGCUCAGAGAAAAAGGCAUGCAAGCUAAACUUGUGGAAUAUAUAGCUGAUACAGUCUCGCCUGAAAACAAAGUCCUCUUAGCCAAGCGUCCGUGAGUAAUCAUACGGUGGUCUUCAGCGUGGCUGGACUAACCUGGGAGCUGCGAAAGGAAUGAGAUUCCAAGUUGGCUUUCAUUGCUGUAACGGAUAUUGAAAUCUAAUUUUAAUGGCUUUACUCUGCUACUUCUGCA